AUGCAAUAUUGCAACAGCAAUAGCAACAACAGCGCUGCUAGCGGAAGCGGCAGUGGCAGCGGCAGCGGUAGUGUGGGCGGUGGCGGUAGCGGAGGUGUUAGCGGCAGCAUCAGCGCUUCGUUAAUGGGUAGUGGGAGCAGCAGCAGUAAUUGUGGUGGCAGCGGUGCAAGUAGUGGCGGUGGUGGUGGCAUAUAUGGUGAGGGCAUCAAGCAUUUCAGCGGCGGCGGCAAUAACUACAUUGGCGUAGGUGGGCGUGGCACUUAUGGCCUGCACGAUGGCAACGAAGACUACGCAAUGCUGCCACACUAUGGUGGUGGUAGUGGCAGCAGUAGCGGCGGCGGCAAUGUCAACAAUCGCAGUAACUUGCAACAUCAGUAUGCGUCCACACAGCAGCCGCAUCAGCAGCACCAACAGCAACAACAACAACAAUUGUCCAACCAAUAUCAACAUCAGUAUCAGCAACAUCAUCACCAGCAGCCACAACAGUUGGCCAUAAAGCUGUCGCCAGGCAGCACACCGCCACCGGCAACAACUCCACUAACAGCAACAACAACAAUGACAAGUGCACCGCUGCCGCUACUGCAUUUGCCGUCGGCAGGAGCGCCCUUGUUGCCGCCACCAGCACCGCCGUCGCAUUUCUACGAAUCAACGGAUGAGUAUGCGUGA